CUGCGUGGUGGAUGAGAUGGACUUCUCAGGCAUGGAGCUGGAUGAAGCCCUGCGGAAAUUCCAGGCCCACAUCCGCGUGCAGGGGGAGGCACAGAAGGUUGAGCGACUAAUUGAGGCUUUCAGCCAGAGGUACUGCAUGUGUAACCCAGAUGUGGUCCAGCAGUUUCACAACCCGGACACCAUCUUCAUCUUGGCCUUUGCAAUCAUCCUCCUCAAUACAGACAUGUACAGCCCCAACAUCAAGCCUGACAGGAAGAUGAUGCUGGAGGACUUCAUACGCAAUCUGAGAGGGGUCGAUGAUGGUGCUGACAUCCCACGGGAGCUGGUAGUGGGGAUCUACGAGAGGAUCCAGCAGAAAGAGCUAAAAUCCAAUGAGGACCAUGUGACUUAUGUCACCAAAGUGGAGAAGUCCAUUGUUGGAAUGAAAACGGUUCUGUCCGUGCCCCAUCGGCGGCUGGUCUGCUGCAGCCGCUUGUAUGAAGUGACUGAUGUGAACAAGGUGCAGAAGCAGGCAGCUCACCAGAGGGAAGUUUUUCUCUUCAAUGACCUGCUGGUGAUCCUCAAGCUUUGCCCCAAGAAGAAAAGCUCCUCAACAUACACAUUUUGCAAGUCGGUUGGCCUGCUAGGGAUGCAGUUCCAUCUCUUUGAGAAUGAAUAUUACCCUCAUGGCAUCACACUGGUCACUCCAGUUUCGGGCUCAGAGAAGAAACAAGUACUACACUUCUGUGCUCUGGGUGCUGAGGAAAUGCAGAAGUUUGUGGAAGAUCUGAAAGAGUCAAUAGCAGAAGUGACAGAGCUGGAGCAGAUACGAAUUGAAUGGGAGCUGGAGAAACAGCAAGGGGCAAAGACUCUCUCGUUAAGGACCAAUGGAGCCCAGAUGGAACUUCAAUCUAAGCAAGGCUCUCCAACAGGCAAAAAGGAUUUGGGGGAGAAGGUCUCGGACAGCACAGUGGAGGUGUCAAUUCACAACAGGCUUCAAACGUACCAGCACAACUCCACCCUGGGGCCCGAGAGUGGAAUGCAGCCCAGCACGCGUCUUAACAUGCCACGGGAGCGGCUGGAGACAGCACUGGUGCCCUCGCACCCCGCCUCGGCGGGGACACUUGUACAGUGCCAGCAGAUUGUCAAAGUCAUUGUCUUGGACAAGCCGUGCCUCGCUCGAAUGGAGCCGGCCCUCAACCAGACUCUGACACGCUAUGUCACCUCUGAUUCCUGCACCUCCACCCCCUGGCGUGGUAUGGGCAGUGGGCUCCCCGGGACCCCCAUGAAGCUGGUCCAUCAGCCUCCCCUCCCACCUCCACCACCUCCCUACAACCAUCCCCACCAAUAUUGCCCCCCUAGCUCCCUGCUUCAGAGGCGCAGGUACUCCAGUGGCUCACGCAGCCUCGUGUAGCCACACCACCAGCACCAAAACAGCACAGACUUCCCUGCUUCCCUGCCCCACCGCCUCCUGCGGACCCUUUCUGCCUACAGAGAUCUAG